AUGUCUUCAUUUGAGGAGUUAUUAAUUGAAAAUGUCCGUGAACAUAAAUCUUUAUACGACAUUUUUUCUGUCGACUAUAAAGAUAAUAGCAUUCGUAAAGAGGCAUGGGAAGAGAUUGGUGCAAAUUUACAAAUGCCAGCUGAUAAGUGCAAGUCAGAAUGGACAAAAUUGCGAAAUUGUUUUCUAAAUGCUAUUAGAAGACGUAGAAGUAAAACAAGUGGUCAAGCAACUAAGAAUAUUCCACCUUGGAAGUAUUCCCAACAAAUGGAAUUUAUAUUGCCCUUUUUGGAAAACCGAGAGUAA